UUGAAUUGAGUAAAGUUCAUGUGUUUUUGUAUAAAAUCUGGUAAGAGUGGAUCAUAAAUUUGUCACAUGAACUUGUUAAAGACUAAUGAAGGCUUUGAAGAAUGCAAGUUUUAUAGCUAAAAACUUAAUAACAUUUUUUUUUCAGACACCUUCAGCAGUAAACAAGAUAAAACAGCUUCUUAAAGAUAAGCCUGAGCACGUAGGUGUGAAAGUUAGUGUCCGAACCAGGGGCUGUAAUGGCCUUUCUUAUACUCUAGACUAUACGAAGACAAAAGGAGAUUCUGAUGAAGAAGUUGUUCAAGAUGGUGUCAGAGUAUUCAUCGAAAAGAAAGCACAGCUAACACUUUUGGGAACAGAAAUGGAC